GCACAAACAGCUGUUGUCGCACUGUUGUUGUCGCCUUUGUGUCUGCAGGUGCAAAAUAAUAUAUUAAUUGGAUUAACUUGGGAUUAAUCGAGCGAUCACAGCCAUGGCCACGAUGCGCAUACCCAAACAAAAGGUGAUCCUGUGCGGCGACUACGGAGUGGGCAAGAGCUCCCUGUUCCGGCGCUUCGCCACCAACACCUUCAUCACGGAUACGGACAGGAAAUCCACGUUGGGACUGGACCACAUCGAUAGGGAAUACAGUGUGAAUGAAAAGCAGAUCAAGCUCCAACUCUGGGACACCGGUGGCAUGGAGCGUGUGGCCUCGGUCACAUCCUCGUACUACAAGUUCGCCGAGGGAGCCAUCCUGGUCUUUGCUUUGGACAACGCCGCUUCGUUCCACUCGCUGUCGCAGCACUUGCUGGACAUUGUGACCUAUGCAGAGAAUGCCAAGAUCUUCAUCUGUGGCAAUAAGAGCGAUCUGGAUGGCAGGGAGCCGGAGGUCAGCGAUGAGGAAGUGGAGGCCUUCUGCGAGCAGUGCCACUCACUGAUCAGUGCCACGUACAAGACCUCCUGUCGCAGCGGCGCCGGUGUGGAGGAGAUGUUCCGUGACAUCUCUAGGCAACUGGUCCACGCCAAUCGCUCCAAAAUGGAACUGCAGGCACUGGAGCACAAGAGCUUCCAGGUGGACACUGCGAGCAGCGGCGCGGCGACCAACGAGGAGGACGCCUCCUCCUGCGGCUGCUAGCAGUUGGGGAACAUUGAGUUCGGCUAGGAACCCUUAUUCCCGCCAGGCUCAAUGCUCACGCAGAGAUGCAUUUUUACUGUUUCCUUUAUUUAUUGAUAGCUUUCGGCUAUGUUAUGAUUUUUAGAUACGUACAUGUUCAAUUCGAAUUUUUACGAAAAAUACGUCCCGAACGCGAACACGAGUCAUAGAGUAGGAUUAGUUUCUAUUAACCAGGCGCCAAACAUUAACCACUUAAACUUUGUACACGUAAGCUAGGAUGGCGGAUACGCGAGUGAUAGGUUAGAAAUCUGCGGUAAGAAUUAAAAAGUAAUAGGAAUUCCAUCGAUUAACAAGAAGGUCAAUUUAAUCUUAAAGGUAAAAGGACAACAAAAUAUAUAGACAUCGAUUGACCGCAGAUAACUACUCUAAGCUUCGACUCUUAUUGCACGUAAUACUCCAUCCUAUCUUAUAUAGAUUAGUGCGUAAUCUGCAGCUUUCUUCCACAGAAUAUCUCGUAAAAAUAAAAUAUACUAAACAAUAAAUAAUCAACUCACGAAAUUGG